AUGGUUGAAAAACCUCUAUCUCCUCUCUACAUUUCGGCCUGCGUUGCUGAAAGAGAGAUCACGGGAGAGGAACAGAGGGCGAUCAGAUACCUGGACCUGAGGACAGAGAAUAAACUGCUGAUCCUGCCUAAUGGGAUGUACACUUCCCACACUACAUCACCUAAGGACGAACUUCAAAGAAAAGGAGGGAGCACCCGCCCCAGCGCGGAGCCGGUGCUGGGUGCUCGGCAGGCAGGGAGGCAGGGGCAGGAGCACAGGCAGAGCCUCCUCCGCUCCCCGGGCGUGCGGGCAGGCACCGGAGCCGCGCUCGGCCAGAUGAAUCCCUUGCCGAAUGGGAAUUUUGUGAAGACUCAAUUAAAAGGAGUGUCCUCCUAUUCUUCUGUCACCCAUCAGACUGAGUUGCACACGAAUGCCAGCAUGCUGUCAUACAUACUCUUCUCUUGUUUGCUGCUCUCUGUGCAAGCGCAGAAUUGCAGUGUCCGUGAAAUUAUCCGCUAUACAAAACUUCUACUUAAGGGAAGUUCUGUAAGUUGCCCAUGUAGGGAGACAGCGGUCAGCUCAUGUUCAUGUCUUCCCAUUGCUGAGCCUGGCCACGAAUUGGCAUGCUUUGUGGAAGGAACCGAACACAUGCUGAAAAACAACAUAUCUUCAAACGCAGUAACUGCAUGGCUUAAUCUAACCUUUCAGACGCAGCUGGGUAGAAACCUCUGUGAAAGCCUGGCACGCGGGGAUCAAUGCCAGUACAAGACCAAGGGAAAUGUGAAGGAAUUUUUGAACAAAAUCCUGAGAACCUAUCAAGCAAUCAAUAAACCUAGAACUUAA